AUGACCUGCCGCUUCUCCCGUCUUCCUUUGUCGUGGGGGCAGGUCUUUGUUUACGGGUGGCCGUCGGUGGUCCAGGCCUCCAUCAUCAAGCAGGGACAAGCCGAGAGUCCAAGGCGAGAGUUCCAGCCGAGAGUCCCAGCCGAUCGCAGCCGAGAGUCCAGCCGAUCGCAGCCGAGUCCGAGACGAUCGCAGUCGAGAGUCCGCCGAUCGCAGCCGGAGUCCAAGCCGAGAGUCCAAGCUGAUUCGCAGGUGAGAGUCCAGCCGAGAGUCCUAGCCGAUCGCAGCCGAGAGUCCAGCCGAUCGCAGCCGAGUCCCAGCCGAUCGCAGCCGAGAGUCCAAGCCGAUGCAGCCGAGAGUCCAAGCCGAUCGCAGCCGAGAGUCCCAAGCGAUCGCAGCCGAGAGAAAGCCGAUGCAGCCGAGAGUCCAAGCCGAUCGCAGAGAGUCCAGCCGAUCGCAACCGAGAGUCCCAGCCGAUCGCAAGCCGAGAGUCCAAGCCCCGAGAGUCCAAUCGCAGCCGAGAGUCCCAGCCCGAUCGCAGCCGAGAGUCCAAGCCGAUCGCAGCCGAGAGUCCCGAGGCCGAUCGCAGCCGAGAGUCAGAUCGCAGCCGAGAGUCCCAGCGAUCGCAGCCGAGAGUCGCGAUCGCAGCCGAGAGUCCGAUCGCAGCCGAGAGUCCAAACCGAUCGCAGCCGAGAGUCCAAGCCGAUCGCAGCCGAGAGUCCAAGCCGAUCGCAGCCGAGAGUCCAAGCCGAUCGCAGCCGAGAGUCCAACCCGAUCGCAGCCGAGAAUCCAAGCCGAUCGCAGCCGAGAUCGCAGCCGAGACGAGAUCCAGGUUCGGUGUCUCUGAUGGCGGUGGGAGAGCCUCUUGAUUGGGGUUGA